AGGAAAAGGCAGCUAGGAGACAAAACGUUCGUGGAUGAAUUGUAUAACCGGUAUGUGGUGUAUCAGGAUCCACAUGGAUAUCAAGCGGUGAGUUGAGAAUUUUUAAACCUAUUUAGAGUGGAAAUUCAGGACGAAUUGGUACUUGCCAAGAACGCUCUCAUUUGCACUUAGGACCAUUUGACAUGUUUGUCUAGAAGUAUUUACGAUAGUAUUUACCAAAUCAUAGGUUAAUGAGAAUAUCCUUUUCCAGAUCGAUAUCGACUUCCGCUUGAUGUAUGGUAAUGCUGAUGGUGUGAAGAAAUGGAAUGAAGUAUUUCCAAAACUAGUGCAAUAUCUGGACCGCCCAUACAAAGAUGAUAUUUCGAGAGAUGCAAAACACUGUUCUAUCCUAUUGUUGCUCAACAAAGUUUUGAAACCAACGAAAGUAACCAGAAACUUCAAACCAUCGGUACUGGUUGCUCAAGAGGAAGUGAUUUUAUUUGCAGCAUCAGAUGAGUCGGCUGCAAAGGUUUUGGAAAAGUUUACCGAUGAUUAUAAAAAAUACGGGUUCCAGCCAGUUCCAAAACUAGUAUUUAUCGGUAAAAACGUGAACUCUCUUGGCGGAGAAUUCCAACGUAGUACAACCUAAUUAUCAACAAAAUACAGCACCAUCUCUGUUCAAACAUUUGGAUGGUAUAAAUCGGGCACCUGUCGCAUUCACAUUAGAACUACACAACGAAACCAAUAUUCAUAGAAACGAUGUUACGACUAUUCAGAGAAAGGCAAGUCAGCUGAAUGCAAAUAUAGUGGAAAAGGUUGAAGAGCUUCUUGAUUCUGUUUUAACCAGCGAUGAAAACCCACAAACUAAAUACGAGCUGGACAAGUAUUUAGACCGGCUCAAACAGUCAUUUGAUUUUAUUGAUUCAGAUUAUAAAUUCUUCAAAUAUAUCGAAAAUCUUGAUAUUUUCUGUUUCCCUGUUACAACUGUCAAUGAAAAUGAUGAAAUAAUACUUAAGUCACAUCAGAUCCAGGAAAAUGUAAAAGGCCACAUUGUUUUAAUGGAUAUUAAACAUCAAUUAAAAGCUUAUUUUUAUUGUGACGGUAUUCUUCAAAAAACUAUUGCCAAUACUAAUAUACUCGAAAAGCAAUCAUCCAUAAGCAAUAUAGCAAAUGGCGAGCUUUGGGAAAUAAUCAAACGAAAAUACCCAGGUGAAAUUUUGAUUCCAAUAUCUUUGUACGCCGACGAAUUCAAGGUAAACGACUGUUUAAGUUCGCACAAUAAGAAACAAGUAAUCUGUGGCAUUUACUAUUCGUUACCUACUAUUCCAGACGAAUUUUGUUCAAAAUUGUGAAACAUUUUUGUUGCUGCUAUGAUUAGAAAAGUUGAAAUCAAUGAGGUUGGAACUAGCAAGCUAUUCAACGAAGUUAUACAAAAAUUUAAAAUUCUUGAAGAGAAUGGUACAACGUUUAUAAUUGAAGGCGACGCAAUUAGUGUUAGAUUUGUAUUAACGCUAGUACAAGGUGAUAGCCUUGGUAUACACCAAAUGCAUCAGUUUAUGACCUUUAGUGCCAAUUUUUACUGUAGAUUCUGCUCGCGAUCGCGUGGGCAGUGCCAAAUUGAUAUAGAGGAACGACUUGAAUGUAUUCGAACUGUAGAGACUUAUAAUGUAAGCAUUAAUAGACCAUCAGAAACGGGGGUUAGAGUCAAUUUUUAAUCAACUGCCUUGCUUUCAACAACAUUUUCUGUGCCAUUACGCUUCAGUGAUCAAUAUGAGCGGAAGUAUAAGUUCUUUGAUGAAUUAUCGGUAUGAAGCAAAACAAAUUAUUUGAAGAGUACG